CUCUUGUUUUUUCAAACGCUUUGCUGGCGCCUCUUGAGGAAGCCUCGAGAGCGACGAGCCCGCAGCACCGCCCCCCAAAAAAAUUGUCAAAAAACCCCUCCAGUUCCUCUCUAAUUCGUUUCCACCCUCCCGCUCUGCUUCGAUCUCGUCGGCCAUGUCGACGCGGAGGCGGACGCUGCUCAAAGUCAUCUUUCUCGGCGACAGCGGAUUUCUAGGGUUUUUGUGGUGGAUCUUGAUCGAGAUACUGAACCCUUGCUCGGUUACUUGCAGAGUUGGGAAGACUUCGCUCAUGAAUCAAUAUGUACACAAUAAAUUCAGUCAACAGUACAAAGCUACCAUUGGUGCUGAUUUUGUCACCAAAGAACUUCAGAUUGAUGAUAGACUCGUGACUUUGCAAAUCUGGGAUACAGCAGGACAGGAAAGAUUCAACAGUCUUGGUGUUGCAUUCUACAGAGGGGCAGAUUGCUGUGUCCUUGUAUAUGAUGUUAACUAUCUCAAGUCUUUCGACACUCUUGACAACUGGCAUGAUGAGUUUCUUAAACAGGCUAACCCAUCAAAUCCCAGUACAUUUCCAUUUAUUCUACUUGGAAACAAGGUGGAUGUAGAUGGUGGGAACAGCAGAGUGGUUUCUGAGAAGAAAGCAAAGGAAUGGUGUGCAUCCCGGGGUAAUAUACCUUAUUUUGAAACUUCAGCGAAAGAGAAUUACAAUGUUGAUGCGGCAUUUCAAUGUGUUGCAAAACUUGCAUUGGAGAAUGAUCGAGAUCAAGAUAUAUAUUUCCAGAAUCCCGAACCAGCUCCUGAAGCAGAGCAGUCAAGAGGAGGAGGAUGUGCCUGUUAGCACAAGAUAUCUCCCAUAUGGCAGGCGAUGCCUUUCCUAUUCACCUGCUAAUUGAUCAUGAUAUUUGUUUUUUAACCAUUCAUUCAUGAUCAUUUCCAUUUAAAUCCCCAAUUGUUACCAUAUGUACACUUGUGCUUUUGUAUUGAGGUCAUGACACAAAGUGUAGUAGCCUAGAGCCGGUUAGUGAUUAUUCGCUUCCUUUUGACCCUUUUAACGGCAUAAGCGAGUAGUCAGUACUCUGAAACAAGUGUAUCAUAUAUGUACAUUGUUUUUUUUUGAGGGUUUCAACCUUCGCAGUCUGUUGAUGUGAUGUGCAACUGACUCAAUUGACGUAUUGAUUUUAAGGUGAUGCCCCAUGUGUAGACAAUCUCGGCCUUUCGGUUCGAUUAUGGAUGACGAUUGAUGGAUGGAAUCAGGUAGCACUGUAGGCUCUUGUGCUCUCUAGGUCAAGCGAGUAGUGGAGGUACACUCGUAAAGAUUCCUCAUUCCUUAUAUGCAGCAUAUAUUCACAAUUAUGUACCUUAGCUUAUACUUACUGUAAACAAUUUGUCG